GGAACCUACUAUUAUUCAGUAUGACCAAAUUGAGAACACUGAAAAUGUAGAGGGAAUUUAAGGCCUAAAAUGUUGGUGAACUUGGAUGUUAUCAAGGAGAAGUAAAUGAGUCGGGUUCCCUCCGAUUCCGAAUCACAGUGCCAGGGCCGCUUUUCGAGUGCGGUCGAACCGGAGUUCGUUAGGAUAUGUUCAUGUUUUUCUUGUUUUUUUCGAAGUAUUAACCGUGGUUUUAUUAUAAUUUUUAGAAUGUGUGAAAAGGAAGUUUCCUCGGAUGUCAAAGAAGAAGGAAGAGGAAACCAUUGCAUGGGAUCCAUUAAACAUUACGUUAAGAAGAGGAUACCAAUAUUGGAGUGGCUACCAAAUUAUAAAUGGAAAGAAUAUUUUUUCAGAGAUCUGACUUGUGGAUUUACUCUUGCCUGUAUCCAUGUACCUCAGUCCCUUGCCUUUUCUAUGUUAGCAAAUGUUGAUCUUGUUUAUGGCUUAUAUACUACAUGUUUUACUGGUAUUGUUUAUACCAUUUUGGGAACUGCUCAUGUAAGUUCAUUCGGACCCGUGGCGAUUGGUUCAAUGAUAACAGGAGAAGCUGUUAGCUUAGCUAGUGGUAAGGGUUUUUCAAAUUCAGAAAUAGCCACAACAGUAACUUUUUUGAUUGGUGUGAUAUAUAUGGUGGGAUUUUUACUUCGCUUUGGAAUAUUUACUAUAAUUUUUAAGAAAAAUUUCAUUUCUGCAUUUGUUGCUGGCUGCACUUGCCAUAUAUUAGCAAAAUCUUUGAAGCUCCUUAUUGGUGUAAAAAUUAAAAGCCAUUAUGGAGUUUUCAAUUGUCCUCUUAAUAUAUAUAAUUUUGUCAUAAAUCUUGGACAAACAAAUUUAUGGACAUUAGGUAUAUCAGUAGUUGUGAUAUCUAUAUUCAUAAUGAAUAUGGUAGUCUUUAAACCUCUAGUCGCUAAAUAUACGAAGAUAGUCAUACCAAUCGAAGCCAUUACAAUGUUAAUUGUUGGACUUGUUUCUUACUUGUGUGAUUUUGAGGGAAAGGGUGUCCCUGUUGUUGGCUAUGUUCCUUCUGGUCUCCCCUCACCAAUUUUGCCUAGGUGGGAGUUAUUUCAAUCUGUAUUAGGCUCUGCAGUCACCACCGCAUUAAUUAAUUUUUCUUCUUCCACAUCUAUGACUAUGCUUUUCAACAAGGGUUUAAAACCAGAUCAAGAAAUGUUUGCAAUGGCAGUAGCAAAUCUGAUUUGUGCAAAUUUCCAAUGUAUAACUAUUGGGAACUCUAUGAUGAGGACCAGGGUUGCUGUAACAUUAGGACUAAAAACACUUAUGAGCACGUUUAUUGCGUCAAUGUUAAUGCUGCUCAUAAUCUUAUAUGUUGGACCGUUGUUUACUCCAAUGCCAACGGCUGUGCUUGGGUGCGUCAUUUUUCUUUCAACUUCUCUUCUACUUUUGGAUCGUGCCAAAGAAGUGAUUCCAAUAUGUAGGAAAUCUUGGGAAGAUGCAUUUCUAUAUUGUGCAACUUUUCUAGUAACCUUUUUUGGUGAUGUUAUGUUCGGUCUUCUUGUUGGUGGACUCUUAGCUCUCAAGCAAAUUUUGAAAGAUGUUCCUAAAGAAGAAAUCAUAGUGGACAAAACACCUGAGUCAGAAAAGUUAUUGGAUGAACAACAGAAUAAGCCAAAAUUAGCAAGUGUAUAGAGGGAUAAAGUUUGCUGACUUAUGGUUUGUCCGUAUUAAAGACAAAAUAACUCUUGGGCACACAAGUAAGAGUCUUCUGUAUAAAUUUCAUUUUAUCUAAAAAUGAAGAAAGGAUCUCUUUUAGUUCCUUUAAGGAUGAAAAUUGAUGACAGGACAAAUUGAAUAAAUUUUACUUCUUCGUUCUUUUUAUUCAUUAUGUAUUUUCCAUGAAUAUAGAUACAUAGAUUUUUUUAUUAUCUUGGAAUAUUUUAAUGUUUUAGUAUACUUAAUAUCAAUAUGAUAUUUAUUGAUUUUUUUAUUUCAUUGCAGUCAGAGUCUUUAAAGUUAGCAUUUAAUAUUAUUUAUUUUUGAGUUAUGGUUUUAAAUUUAAAAAGUUUAUAGUGUUAGUCUAUUUACCAUGUUAUUAUUUUUUGAAAUAAAAAGAAAAAUGUUCAUGAUUAUGGAUGUGUUGUUGAAUGUUAAAGUAGAAAAAUAAAUUAUUUUAUGAAUUUCAUCGGAGAUAAAAAUAUGAAGAUUUAUUUUUAUUAUAGAAUUUUAUCUCACUAAUGUACUUAGCGUUUUUGCAGUUAUUACUGAUUAGUAAUUAGCUCUCUUUAGGCCAGGAGUAGAUGGCCUGUUACAGUAUUCUUUUAUUUAUGUUUUUUAUUACGAAAACCAAAUAUGUUUGUAUAACGUACUUAGUUAGUAUUUACUUAAUAACUUAGGCUGUAUGUUUGAGGAUUGAAAAAGUGCCUUGUUUUAUAAGAUAUUUUAUUUGUAAUAUAAAUAAUUAUUUUUGUAAUCAUGGGUGCCAACAUUUUUACAAGAUGAAGUGAACUGUUAUUGGUUUUGUAAUUAUAAAAAAAAACUUUGUUGAUUGUGUAUUAGAUAUUGAUAUGUUUCAUAUUGUAUUAUAAAAUUUGUGAUCCUAUCCAAAAGAAAAAAAUCUUAUUUAUAUUUGAUUCCAAUUCAGUUACUGAAAUAAUAUGUACUUAUAGUUUCCGUUGGCCUGUAUAAAGUUAUAAUUAAUUAAUUUAAUUAGUCAUACAAGGUAUUAGCCUUUCCUAAUGUUUUUGUAGCUUUGGAAUAUAAUAUAAAAUACCUAUUUUAUUUAAUAUUUAUUUUUUAGGUAGAAACGAAUAAUUAUUGUUUGGUUUAAGUUUAUGGUACUAAUUUUCAUAUUAAAAAAAAACGAGAGGUGUUAAUUUAAUUCUCACUAGUCAGCAUAUUUGAGGCUCCAUCAAACUUUCUACUUAAGAGUAUUGUGCAAUUAUUCAUUAUAUUUGUUUUAUUAUUUAAUUGCACAAUAAUUGUUUUUUCAUUAUUAUAACUUUUUUUUUUUGUAUCUCAGGAUUGUAAAGAAACAGAAAAAUAAUUUUAUUUUUUUAAAUACUACAAAAUAUUUAUUCAUAAAUUUCAGCCUUUUAUGAACUGUUGUAGGAAUGUGAUUUGAAAAUAAUGGUUCCUUGUGAUAAACUCAUUGAUGUGAUAUUUUGAUUUCAGAUUUGCAGUUUAGGAAAUAAUUCUAUUUAAUUAUAUUUAUACGAAUGUAUGUAUUAUAUGCAUUUCUCUUGAAUGCAAGAGGUAUUAUUGUGCAUGUAAUAUUGAAAAGUAGUACAUGUAAAAUAAUAAAUUCCCACUCUACAGGGUUACUGUUGGGUGGAAAAACAUAA